AUGCAACGAACGCACCCUUCAUGCGACUCGGCGAAUUUCUCACGGCGCUUCGCGCUUGGUGAUGUGAGAGCCUUGGUCCGGUCUGCGUAAUGCGAUGGAGUUUCGAGAGGACCUUGCUCGGUGUUUUAGGGAAUGAAGACUACUGUAGUGAGGCAGAUAGGUCGGCAUCAUGCCAAGGCGGGUAAGUAUCCCUUCGUCCCCAUCAGGUCUACGCGUCCCCCCCGUCCCUCAAAUCAUUUAGCUCCACGAUUCAUCGCGUUCGGAUAUCAUGGUUCACGCCGUGACGCCCUGACGACGAGUGCGUUUUUAGUGCUGGAUGGUGUGGUCUCUGUGUU